CCCAACUAAAGUUAUCGCAACCCCGCCAUGUCGUCAAUGAGUUGAUCUGCCGAGAACAACAAAACACGAAGAGCUGCGAACUGCGAGCUGCCUACCUUAUAAAUACUCCACGACCUCGCAGACCCCAAAGGUCCUCAUUGAGAACCUUGCUCGCCAACUCUUGUCUUUGUCGCAAUCUGAUCUAAUCACCAAUCAUCACCAAUCACAGCCCUCAAAAUGCCUUUGACCGGUCACUGUCUGUGCAAAGCCGUCACCUACACCAUCGAGGUGGAGGAGCCCGCCCUGGUCGGGUACGACCACUGCGACGAUUGCCAGCGUCAGAGCGGUUCCACCUACUCGCUGGUCGCGGUGGUUCCCAAGGACAAGCUCACGAUCAACGGGCCGACCAAGAGCUGGGCGGGGUUGGGGUCGUCGGGUAAGGCGGUGCACCGCAUCUUCUGCUCCGAGUGCGGCUCGCCCAUCGCCCAUGACCCGGACGCCGCCCCGGAGAUCAUCGCCAUCAAGGCGGGCACGCUGGACACGGAGAUCAAGAAGACGCUGAAGCCGGACACGGAGAUCUGGACGGUCAGCAAGCUGCCCUUCUGCCAGGAGCACUUGGCCAAGCCGUUCAAGCACAUGCCGGAGUAAUGGAUCGGUGCAUGACACCUGACGAUGAUGAGAAAAGUGAAUAGCCUUGUUUACUUAAUUUGAUGAAUGGAUAUGUCAC